AUGAAUAAUGAUAAUUUUAAAAUUGUAAAAGAGUUUCCAAAAUUUGAAGAAAUUAUGAAUAAUUCCCAAACAGAGUGUAAUAGUUGGAAUGCUGAUAAUUUUUCACAUAUAACCGAUGAAAAUUAUCCACAUUUUAAAAAUUAUGUUCAAAGCAUAUGCGAAAAGUUUGACAAAUAUACAUGUACUAUACAACAUCAUAGAGGGACAAGCGUGACUUACAAUUCCAGUUGCAAAUAUUUGUAUUAUUGGUUAUAUCAUUAUAAUAAUAAUGAAUGGAAUAUUGAUGAAGUUAAAAAACUUUAUGAUGCAUUGAUCUCUGCUGAUAGUACAUCCCAUCAACAUUUAUGCAAAACUUACAAUGUCACUACUAUUACAGAAGAUGUAAUGCCAAAGCUCAAAGAUCUGCAUGACAUGUACACUAAUCUAAAUAUUUUAGAGAAAAAUAGUAGUUCUCAAUAUGAAGAUAAAUGUAAAUGUGCUAAGGAUUGCGCUGAACUAUAUAUGAAAUACAAGAAUUCAUGUGAAUCCAAUAAUUAUUUUGAUCUUUGUAAUGAGUUAAUAUAUGUUAGGGAAAAAUAUAACGAACUAAGUACAACUAAAUGUUACGACCAAUUAACUUAUAAAACGUUACCUUUGUUCAAAAAAAAUAAUAUAACAGUUCCUAUUUUAAUUACAAUUUUUUUGAUAUUAAUAAUAUCAAUAACCUUAUUUAAUCUGCAUAAAUUUACCCCAUAUAAUUCAUGCUUUCAAGGAACUUUAAGAAGAAAACGAAAUAAGUGGAAUAAUAUAGAUAAUGAUUAUAAUAUAUUUCAAUCGUACAAAAAUGUGAGUAGUGCUGCUUUGAAGAGUAGACACCAUAUUUUAUAUCAUAUAUUUUAA